AUGUUUAGAGCCACAAACAUUCUCUACCUCACCUCGUCCUUUCUCCUCUUUUCAAAUCUUUUCUAUAGGGGGGAGAGUUGCUUCUUUACUACCAAAACUUUUGUCACUUUCGUCAAUAGUCUUCCGCAGAAUAACUCUAAGCCUCUUUACGUGCAUUGUGCGUCAAAAGAUGACAACCUCGGAAAUCACACGCUGGCAGCUUAUGGUGAGAGUUGGGGCUUCAAAUUUUGUCCAAUCCCUUUUACCACCUUAUUUUACUGCGACCUCAAUUGGGGCGAACUGUUCAUGUCUUUACAUGCUUACGAUGCUCAAUGGAGUUACAAUCCUUGUGAUGUUCAUGCUGAAAGAAUGGAAUGCACAGUCCAUGUUAGGAUUCUCAACGUUAUUCCCGAAUCCUAUCGCGACCCGAUUUUGGUGCACUGUUCAUCUAAAGACAACGACCUUGGAAAUCACACAUUAACGAACAACCAAAGUUGGGGCUUUCGUUUUUGCGUGAAACCCUUUUCGACUUUGUUCGUUUGUAAACUUCGUUGGGGUGAUGCUCAAGUGGGUUUUCAUGCUUACGACGGUAAGUGGCUUUUCACAGACUGUGAGAGUAGUGAGUACUGCACAUGGCGGGUAGAUGAGCAUGGCGUUCAUCCAGCUCGCGUCGAUCUUGUACCAACCAGGAUGGAUCUUGCCACUUACUUGGAUACAAUAUUGCUCGCAAGCCGGCUCGCACGCGCUAGCCAUUGCGCCCCUAAUCUUCAUGCAUAUCGGCAUGCAAUGUUGAGCGCACUCCGUUAA